AUGAUAGCAAGGGCUGGAGAGAGUUCGCUCUCCCAUGUCUCGUUUAGCCGUACGCUUGUGACUUUUUGCCUCUUAUCCGUCGCCAUUUCAAAGUCAACACUACAGAUUGAGGCAGCUGAUAAUAAUCAGGGGAACAGGCCUGUAUGGCCAGCGCAUGGGGGGCUGGAACAUCUUGGCACCGUUGGAUCCCUCGGAAAGCAGCCUUUGGAUCCUGAGAAAGAUACUGUCGACGGGUUUACACUCUAUGGUCGAUAUUCUGCUGGACAUGCAGCUACUGAAACAGCUUCCAUAACGGGGGCACUACCUCCUUACGGAACAUUUCCGCAUCCGACUGUUAAUAUCGGUUUGAGCUCAUUAGGGACCCCAGCGGCUACGACGGCGCAGUUUUCCUCUGGGCACAGCCGGCCGGCAGAGGUACUUUAUGGUCAAGGGAGGCAUUCAGUCGGUGCUCACGGCGAACAGCAGCUCCCGGGGUGGGGUUUGGCCCAGCAGCUGUCUACAUCAGCGCCUCAAAGCCUGCCGACUUCACAUGCUUGGCCCAACGAAGAGCAGCAGGAUAAAAAGGAUUCUAGCGGUCCCAUUGCAUUGUCUGCAUUGGGAAACGGCAAGAUAGGUGUCCUCUCUUCGGUUUUUGCAGAACCACCUACGACACCUGGAUUCCAGAACUACAGGCAAUACUUGGGUGGAUCUACGGACAAGAGUGAUGAUAGAAACAAACGAGAGCAUUUUAUAGGGCCCUUCGGUGAGAGAGGAGGUGACUCUGUCGCACCGCAUGAGAAUGUAGAAGUCCACCUUGCACGACUCUCUGAUGGCUCUCUACCCCUCGGAAAGCGUCCUCUCAAGAGGGCAGGUGACAAACAUUCGACCAAGAAAAGACGCGCAGAGCCUUUCAGGGCAUGGAGGGGUGCACAGAGCAACAAUGUGCUGGUGAUCACUCUUGGAGAUACAACGUUGUUCCAAGGCCUCUGCAUAGGAGAAGAAAAAUCUAACGAUUCACGAUUGCCCUGUGGGACCGCCUACCCUGGUGUUGCAACCCUCGCGCUGCACCUCGCGGAUGGACCACCUGCAAAGGACGCUAGACGAGGCUCUCAUGGGUUUCCUAUGCAACCGGCAGUGCUACUUUCAACAUCAGUUGGUACAGGUGUUGAAGGGGCUUCUUCAGUUGUACAGAAUCUCCUUGAGAGAGCAUGGAACGCGCGAGGAAACGAGGAUUGUGACAGUCUGAACGGUGGAAAUUUUCACUGGGGAAUGCAGCCUGUCGAGUACUUCUCAAGGGACACAGCAACUCGUGAGGCGUCUGCCCUCAUAUCAACAGUCGAUGUGCUCAUUGCAGACAGCGAGCACUCGCGAGGAAUUGACCAGGAAACAAAAGUGGUGUACCUUGGUAGUUCUCGUGCUUCGGAGUAUGCUACGAUUGCGGCCAUGGUGGCAUCAGAGCCAAGCAAAUUGAUCGGUGCUUACCUGACGAUCGCGGCAGAGGCAAACAGCACAAGUAGGAAAAUCAGGGAUCUGAGCAGGAAGCUUCGUGGAGAACCGGUAGUAGAGUUUGUCUUCAGGCGUGACACUCGGUCAAUGAGAGGUGUACGGCUGGACUUUUCCGUAACCCUUGCUGGACCGCACUUUACUGACACUACUGUGCUUCAAGUUCCUGCUGAGAUGAUGGCAGCUGUUGCAAACGAGAUUGCGACUCGCUUAAGGCACGUGGUGGACAAAUUUUUGUGGACCGCGUUUGAUGAGAGAACCUCGAGCUCGCCAAGGCCUUUGUCUCCCGAGUUGCCGGUCUUGUUCGUCCGGAUUCAGCGAGUCAGGCUAGUUCGAGAUAUGGCUGCGAGCCGUGGACAAGUAGUUGAUGUGGAGCUAGCAUCCCAUACAGGAGACCCGAUGGUUGACCUUGGGGUCCCAAUUGUACUAUAUACAACUGCUAUUGGGGCAGCUUUCCAAGCCUACCUCUUGGGUCACUUGAAGAGCUCUGGCCUGGCUAACAUCAUUCGCCAGGCCAUUGUAGAUGUGCGUUCAUUGGGGCCUCUGCACCAGCCUGCAUUAGCCGGCCACGUUACAGCCCUUCGUGACGACGUCAGCCGCCUGCAUGAGUGGCUAAAACGUGCUGGCCCCGAAUGGCCGAUUACCACAAACAUAGGAAGUUUAUUGGGCCUGCUCUUUAAGUCUCAUGAGGUGGCAUCCGGAUUGCAAGGGAAGUGUAACACCGCUGUCGCUUCCCUUGACCUAAGCUUGGAUGAUCCAUUGCUGGGUUUUGCAACAAUGUUUUGCCAGCUAUAUCCGCAGACAUAUUAUCCGUCUUUGGCGGGGAAAGAGGAGUUGGAGUCAUACAGUCUACAAGUUGGCCAGACGCUUCGUCGUAUACUUUCAGGAAGCAGUGUGCGCGGUGAGUCUCGGGGAUUACCAGAACUCUCUCAGGAGUCUUUUGACAGCGAUAAUAGGACACAGAGUCGACGUCUGGCUGUAGAGGAUGAGUCCGGGGGUGACGAGUUCGAAAAUUAUGGAACUGCUGACGAUUCAGAAGAGAAUUCUGAGGAAUGGAGGUCAGAUCCGUCGAAUGGACAAUCGACUGAGAAUCAAGCCAGCCAGUUCGCAGCGCGGCAAGAAGAGCAUCAAGACAAUUUUGCCGUCGCGGAUCAUUCACGAAAUCCGCAUAUUUCCGUUUUGUCGGUUAUGGCUGACGAUGACCUCUAUGAAUCAGAGAACAUCACUUCUACCCCCAGUGAUACCAUUGUUGAGAAUUUACCGGAUACCAACGCUCAUGUGGCUAGAGAGUCCUCGCAGCAGCAUGAUGGUAGAAGAACCAGGUCACGGGCAGCCACUUUUGCACAGGAUAAUUCCACAGGCUACAAGGAGGACACCUCAGGUGCAACUCAAGUGGCACCAGGAAAUCCCGUUGAAGGUCUCUCUAUUCCUGUUACAAAUCCCCAAAAGCUGAUGAUUCACCAGGAAAGGAAAGGAGGCAGCAGCAAGAUAGGGAACGAGGCAGGCGAUCAGCGUGCAUUCCAGGAGCUUCAGCGUGAAUUGGAAUUUCAGAGACGAAAACAGCAAGAGCUCUUAGAACGAGUUGAGGCUCAGCUGAAAGAGCAAUUGAAAAAGCGCAUCACAGAUCAGUCGAAUCGAGUAGAUAUAGCUGAUCCAAGUGGCAACGUGCUUAGACGGCACAGCAAGCCCUCGGGCCCUACCAGGAAGCAAGUUUCUCAGACACCACCAGUAACGUUCCCCGGCAUCAACGUACCCCAGGAGGGUGAUAAAGCAAUUGAGCAGUUGAUAAUGUCUCUGGAGCGAAAUGCAAACAAAGAAUCGGGUCACAUGCAGGCAGUUGGUGAUCGUAGCGAGUCUGCAAGGACGAGGCGCACAUUAACAGAGCGCUACGGGCCGUUGUUCUUGAACCUUGUUGGAUUUUUGUUAAAUGAUGAUAUGCUGGAGGAUUUGAUCUCAGUAGCGAACUGGCAUGUGAACCCCAAAGCGUACAGAUCUAUAUGCAGGCAGAGCAAGUUCUCCCUGUUUUAUCUCACCAAAAAAGCAGGUCAGUCCUUUUGA